UCUGAUCUGUCAGGUCUCUAUUGAAAACCUUAUUCGUAUGUAUUCAGUAUAUCAAUCAUUGACAAGCGUUUUAUGAUACUUUACUCUUAUAGUUUUAUAGCUGCGUUGUGCAGAUUUUCAUCUAUAUUGCGUCGUCUAGACUAAACCCCUUUAAAACACAAUGAAUAGAAUGCCCUGACGUGUCGUUACGAGGCAAAAUUCAAUAGACCAAUCAAAAAUGUUUCCGUUGCCCCUCACGACACUUCAACAAGUGUGCCAACGUUUACAAUAACGCCUAUGCGGAUGCCUAACUAAAGAUGGCGUCCAAAGAAUUCAACAACAUUGUCAAGGAAUUUCUCGUCUGCCAGGUCUGUUUGGAACACUUCAAGCAGCCAAAGAUGCUGCCGUGUCUUCACACCUUCUGCCAGCCUUGUAUGGAGAGGCUCCUAGCCGCAGAGCCAGUAGGGAAACUGGACUGUCCGACAUGCCGCCAACACGUGCCCCUUCCUCAGAAUGGCGCCCAGGGGCUGAAGUCCAACUUUCUCGUUGGCAAACUUCGCGAAUUUCUGCAACCGGGUGGAAGGACGUCUGAUCCGCGGGAGAAAGACGUCCCCUGCACGGGCUGUGAGGUGGGGAACUCUGCUCAAAUCUACUGUGUGGAGUGUACCGACUACCUGUGUCGGACGUGUGACCGGACCCACCGUCGGUUCAAAGCGACCAAGUCCCAUAAAGUUGUAACCAUUCAGGACCUAAAUUCGGGUCAAGCCGCCACCGAGCUUCGGGCAAGGGAGCCCUCAAAGUGUGAGGAUCACCACGAACUGAACAAGUUCUACUGUGACACCUGUCAUCGGGUCAUCUGUCUUCACUGUGUGGUCACGGAGCACAAAGACCACCGGUACGUGGAGGUGGCAAUUGCAGGAGAGAAGGAGAAAGAAAAGAUCGAGGCAAGACUUGUGACAGUCAAGAACACAGCAGGCCUGCAUGACAAAUGGGUACAGCAGUUACAGUCAGUGAAGGACGAGUGGUCUCUACAGGUACGUCGUACAGAAGAAGAGAUCAGAAAACAAGUGCACACGAUUAUCGAGGCUGCCAGGGAGGUGGAAAACGACAGAAUCAGCCAGCUUCGCGCCAUGAAUGCUGCUCGGGAGAAACAGAUGGACGCCGCCAUGGAGGCAGCUGAGAUGGACCUGGCCUACACAAGGAGCUGUGUCCAGUUUACGGACAACGUUCUAGAGUACGGGAGCCCGGCAGAGGUCAUGUCGGUGGCCGGAGAACUGACCGUAAGUUUAGACGAAUCCGCGGAGGAGAAAAACACCGAGAAGUCUGAUCUGACCAAGGACUUUGUGACCUUGUCCUUUGACCCACCAAAUGGUUCACUGAAGCAGGAGGUAGCUAAACUAGUAAGUGGGAUAAACCGGGUGAGGACACCUUUGCGCCCACCUCAAAAUCCACAGGUGCGAGCAAAUGUCGUGAUCGGUAGUGGUCAGGUGAUUCUAAAACACGUCAAAACUGUUGGGGAGAAAGGCAAUGGAGAUGAACAGUUUUCCCAUCCGUCCUCGCUUGCUGUCACAGCAGAGUCAAACAUUGUAGUAACCGAUAAUAACAACUCACGCCUGCAAUUUCUGGGCAAAGAUGGCUCGUUCAAGAAGAGGGUUGAUCUGGGGUUCCAGCCUUGGUGUGUGGCGGCACUGACAAACGGUGAGCUGUUGGUGACAGGAGACGGCCACAAGAUUCACGUUCUAGACAAACAGGGGAGGAAGUCACGCGUCAUUCACGUCAAAGGGGCUUCACAGGCACGUGAAACUACCAAAGGUGUCGCUGUUGACGGUUUGGGACGCACGAUCGUCACUAUCGGGUACCAAGUUUUUGUUCUCAGUCCCAGCGGUGACGUCAUGCUGAGGUUCGGGGACAAAGGUCAAGGUCAGCAGCAGUUGGGUUCUGACCUCUGCGUGACCGUCAACAGCAGCAACCAAAUCAUCAUCAGUGACUGGAGCAACGAGAACUUGAAGAUAUUUGACCCCAGCGGUCGUCAUCUCUUCACGCGCGGGUCACGUGGCUCGGGACCUGGACAGCUGGACUGUCCCUGCUGUGUCAUCACGGACAGCAAGGACAACAUCAUCGUGGCUGACAAUUUUAACCACCGUGUUUCACUAUUCAGUAUAGACGGCACCUUCAUAAGGCACCUGUUGACACACGAGGAACUUGGAAUGAACUACCCAAGGGGCCUGGCACUGACUCACAACCGACAUUUGGUCGUUUCUGAGUCGUUUCGUGAUUCUGUCAGUUUUUUCCGUGUAUGAUACAUGUUAACAACUUCCGAAUUGUAAUCUAGUGAAUUGUACUUUACUUGUAACUCUACAAGCUUUCUUUUAUGUAAAUCAUUUUAACAACCUUCAAGAUGCUUGUAUUGCAUAAUGUCUACCUAUUCUCAAUAUUUCAUUGUUUUUUAUUAUGUAAAUAUUUGUGUCUACCAAAUGACAUACUGGUGAGAAGCUAUACAAAUGGAAAGUUUACUGGUGUAAGUUGCGUAAUGUAUUUAUAUGCGAUGCUUGCUUGCUUACUUGCUUGUGGUGCACUCAUUGCUCUUAU